CCUCCAAUGACCUCUGUGUCUCUCUCAUCUUCAUUUAAACCCAGGAAAUAUUAUCCCUUUCAUAGUUUCUUGCUCUAGUGCUCUUAAACGCAAUUUUUGAAUGUCUCUUUCAUUGUUGUUCAGUCCAUGCCAAGGGAGAGGCGCUGCUAAAUCUGGUAAAGGGGUGUGGGAGGAUGAGGGGCCCCAAUGAUACUGGAAUCAAACUGGAAUGGAUGAAAGUACCUAUCUGAUUCGACGACCUCAAAAUAUCACGCCUAUUGAAGCUGCCGGAGUCACGUCAGCUGCAGAGACAGCGUGGCAAGCUCUCUUCGGUCACUGUUGCGCAGGAUUCGAGCCUGGUCAAACCAUUUUCAUCAAUGGUGGAAGCUCCUCCGUGGGAGCCUUUGCCAUCCAAAUCGCCAAAGCCAAAGGUGCAGCUCGCGUCGUUGCUAGUGCGUCGGGCCAGAAUGAAGAGUUUGUCAAGAGCCUUGGUGCCGAUGAAUUCAUCGACUACACGAAGCAACCUUUGCACGAAUAUCUCACUCAGAACCCACCAUCCCCAAAAUUCCAUAUCAUCUUCGACGCGGUGGCAGUGAAGGACCCCAUCCUUGUUCACGUACAGUCCUGCCUACCUUGCGCCGGGUGGAACUUUUGUUUCAACUGGCUCAAUCCAAGGACUUCAUCCCUUUAAUCUGGUUUUGAAAACGGCCUUCGCGAUGCUCUGGCCUUCGUGGCUGGGUGGCGUUCCGCAUGCAUACAGGUAAGCCUGUCUUCUUUGACGACACCUAUUGCUCACUUUUCCUUCGUAGAAUUGUUAGACUGGCGCAUGACGCAUCAGCCUUAGAAGCGAUAAGGCAG